GAGGCCAUGGAGCACAGCCACAUCUUCCCUGUUUUCUCCCCAAAUGAGAGCACUUGGAGCCCAGGGCAGCAUCCCACUGAGUUCGCCCAGGGAUGCCCCCUCGGACCACUGCCUGUAAUUUACUACAGCGUCCUGCUCUGUCUCGGCCUUCCAGCCAACAUCCUGACGGUGGUCAUCCUGUCCCAGCUGGUGCUGCGUCGUCAGAAGUCCUCCUACAACUAUCUCCUGGCUCUGGCAGCCGCCGACAUCCUGGUCCUGCUUCUCAUUGUCUUUGUCGACUUCAUAUUGGAAGAUUUUAUUUUGGCCACGGCUCUGCCUCCAUCACUAAACAACGCAGUGCAGGUUCUGGAGUUCUCCUCCAUCCAUACCUCCAUCUGGAUCACGGUGCCCCUCACCAUUGACCGUUACAUCGCUGUGUGCCACCCGCUGCGCUACCAUACCGUCUCCUUCCCGGCCCGCACACGAAGGGUGAUAUUUGCUGUAUAUAUUGGAUGUUUGCUCUCUGCAGCUCCCUAUUACUGGUGGCCUGAGCUGUGGCACAGCCUGUCUGGGGUGGGCAGUGGUGGAGGAGGUGGAGGAGGAGAUGGAGGAGGGGAGGAAAACAGGAGAACCGUGGCCCAGCAUAUCCUGGUUUGGGCCCACUGCACCACCGUCUACCUCCUCCCCUGCACGGUCUUCUUCUCCCUCAACGCCGUCAUUGUUCAUAAGCUGCGCAAACGCCGCAGCUGCUUCCGUCUGCGCGGCUACUCUACCGGCAAGACCACCGCCAUUCUCCUCGCCAUCACCUCCAUCUUUGCCGUUUUGUGGGCGCCUCGUACCCUCAUGAUCCUCUACCACUUCUACUCCCCUCCUCCAGCCUCGCAAGGUGCCGGCCGACUGCUCCACAUGCUUACCGAUUUGGCCAACAUGCUAGCGUUGCUCAACACCGGGGUCAACUUCUUCCUCUACUGCUUCAUCAGCAAGCGUUUCAGGGGCAUGGCGGCCAACGUGCUGCGAGCCCUGGUCCACUGCCGGAAGCAGCCGCAGCCUUUCUAUGCCAGCCACAACUUUUCCAUCACAAGCAGCCCCUGGAUCUCACCAGCCAACUCCCACUGCAUCAAGAUGUUGGUGUACCAGUAUGACAAAAAUGGGAAACCCAUCUGUAUUUCCUCUUGA